GUGAUAUAAUACUAUUGGAAGAAUCUGGUAGGCUCGCGGAUCUGGGUGUCGAUAUUUGAGAUUGUCUGCAAAUCGAUUAGGGUGAGAUCGGUUUUGUAUACGUCGUCGCGAUCGAUCUAAUUGACUUUGGGCUUGCUGUUCAACGUUUACAAGUUUUACUGCUACAUUUCUCCCUUAAAGUUAUCGCCGCUGUUCUACACUGAUCUACCAUACAUCAUGAUCGCCCGUAAUUUCUUCAUCGCGACAGCCUUGUCGUGUACUACAUUUGCGCUCGCCGAUGUCAAGCUCGCCAUUCUCUUUUCACAGGAGUCAUGCAAAGGCAAAUCACUUGACAUCAAGGCCGACAAUGGAUGUGUCCUGCUUCCUCUUGACCUGAGGAAGAACAUCAAUGGCGCUGACUUGCCGACGGACGUGGUAUGCAACUUCUUCACCGAUGAAAAGUGUGACAAACCCUUAUAUAUCGGGAUGGAGGACCCUGGUACUUGCUUCUUCAGCGAUCCCGACGUGGACAUUGCAAACAAAACUGUGAGCGUUCAAUGCUACGAUAGUAACUCGAUUUACGAUCAGCGAGAGGCCCUUUGACUGGCUAGUCGAGGAAUAGUCCACCAAUGAAUGCGAA